AUGACCACCGCCGCAUUUAGGCAUAUCGAUCCGGCAUCCUACACAUCCAGUGCAGGCGAGCACAUCAAGCCCUGGGGCAAAGUCGACGGGCCCGGGACUUCCUACCGCCUGACCUCGCAGCAGCGGCCCGUGUCCAACAUCCGCGGCCACGAAUCCGAGUUCUCAACCGACACGGCGGGCUUUGCAGUCUACCACUCGCCGUCCUCACGGCCCUUUGAUUUCAACAACGAAGAGGAUGUCCGAGUAGGCUACUACGCGGAAAUCGAGGCGCUAGUGAGAGCGAAGUUGCCGGGGGUGAAGAAGGUCGUGAUCUUCGACCACACGAUCCGCAAGCGGGACAAGGACGCGCCGCGGCAGCCCGUGCAGCAGGUGCACGUCGACCAGACGGUCGGCGCUGCCGAGGCGAGAGUCAGGCGCCAUCUCCCCGCCGGAGAAGCCGAGGAGCUGCUCGCGGGUCGCUACCAGAUCAUCAAUGUCUGGCGGCCUAUCGCCCACGCCGCCAGCGACUUUCCGCUCGCGGUGAUCGACUGGCGAAGCACGUCCCCCGACGACUUCGUCGCAGUCGAUCUGCUCUACCCCAAACGAGCGACGGCCGGCAAUGCUGCUGUUCACGACGCCGACGACGACGACCGCGGCAAGGAGGUCGUGCCGGAUCCUAGCCAUUAUGAGAGCACGGAGAACUACGAGGCGAGAGGCGAGACGUUUGCCGUGCGGCCGAAUGCGAACCAUAGAUUCUGGUACAUGAAGGAUAUGACCCCUGACGAGGCGAUGUUCAUCAAGUGUUUUGAUUCAAGAGGGGAAGGGCUGCCAAACGGGAAGAAGGGGCUGGCAAGGUGUACGCCGCAUACUGCUUUUGAAGAUCCCGGAACUCCUGCGAGCGCGCCGGGACGGCAGAGCAUCGAGGUUAGGUGUUUGAUAUUUUAUGAGUAG